UCCAUCGAUGACUACUUCCGCUGCAUUGAAACCCCGGAUAAAGGAGACAAAAGCCUACUUUCGGUUGCGUACGAUAUAUGUUAUUGAUUAACCAUGAUCAUCAGUAUCUACCUCAUUUGUGUCUUUACACUGCUGAUAAACAAAGUCUCUCUGCAGGUCACAGGUGAUAUUGGCGGCUCUGUUCUCCUGCCGUGUUCAUCAACUGAACCUGAUCUUAAACCUCAAGACAUUAAUGUGCACUGGAGACACAAUGGCAGCAAGAUUGUGUAUGAUAUAGUCAAGGCUCAUUAUUCACUAGAGUUACAGGACCAACGGUACAAGAACAGAGUUGAAACUUUCCCUGAUGAGUAUCUGAAAGGAAACGUCUCCAUCAAACUCAACAAUCUUCAACACACUGAUGCAGGAACAUACAGCUGCAUCAUCACACCCUCAUCUGAUCUUCACACUGUACAGGUGAUCAUCAAUGAAUCAAGUGCAGGAAACAAAAUCACUGAUCAAGAAAAUAAAGGAGAAGAUACUGAAGCAGACAGGAAACCAUUGCUCUGGGUUUACAUUGUAGUAGAUCACUGA